AUGAUUCAUCACACAAGACGAGGAAGUGUCACUCUUAAAAAACAGUGGUUUGUAGGUUCAAAAUCAUCAAAUAUCGAGAACUCCUACCGAUUUGAGGCAGAGCUGGGCAGCGGAGCCUAUGGAAAAGUCAUGAAAGCAGUAAAUUUGAACAGUAACCAAACUGUUGCUAUCAAAAUGAUUCAAAAGAUAAGAGUAAAAGAUUACAAAACCUUCAAUAAAGAGCUCUCAAUAUUAAGUAUCAUGGUAUUCUUUAUACAGGACCACCCGAACAUCGUUAAAGUACUUGAAACAUAUGAAACUGAAAGAAUCUGCUACUUACUCCCCUCUCCGUGAGCAAACAAAAAAUCUUAAAAAAUUUAUAUAUAUAAUACUUUUUUAUAAAUUUAAAAAAUCCAUUUAGCAAAAAUUGAAAACCAAAUAUUAAUUUUUUGUUAAAUUGAUGUUUUAAACACAAGCUGUUUUAAAUUAAAACAGAAUUAGCUAGAAAUUUCAUUUACUAAUUAUCGUUUAUAGAUCAAACUUUUUUUCCUAAAAAAUUUUUUCACUCAUAGAGAAAAUAGGUACUUUUUCCGAUGUUUUUUUUUUCGCUCAUGGAGAGGGGGGAGUUAGUCAUGGAAUUAUGCGAAGGAGGCGAGCUUUUCGAUAGGAUUAUCCAAGAAAAAAAACUUUCAGAAGCUAACGCAGCGUUUGUGAUGAGAAAAUUAUUUAGUGCGCUGUCAUAUUGCCAUGAUCAAGGAAUCUGUCACAGAGAUCUCAAGCCAGAAAAUCUCAUGUUUGUCACGAAAUCACCUGAUAGUGAUAUAAAACUGAUAGACUUUGGGCUUGCAAAAGACAUCACUGAGCAUUCAGUAAUGCACAGUCUUAAUGGGACGCCUUAUUAUAUAGCGCCUGAAGUUCUAUCUGGGAGCUAUUCGCAUGAAAUAGACUGCUGGUCACUGGGAGUCAUCAUGUAUGUCAUGCUAUCUGGAACUCCACCAUUUAAUGGCAAAAACAAUGAGGAAAUCCUCAUGAAAGUCUAUAAUGGAUCUUAUUCAUUUCGACCAAGGGCUUUUCAAAUGGUUUCUGAAAUGGCUAAAGAUUUGAUAUCAAGGCUGCUCGUCAAAGACCCAGAGCUAAGAUACACAGCCAGAGAUGCAUUUAACCAUCCGUGGAUUAGAGGACUUGCCCCAUUACCAGAGAUUCCGCUAAAUUCCAUUUUUGAUAAAGAUCAUGCCUAAAUAAAGGAGUCUUUAAAUUCAUAUUUUUAUUAAAAAAAUAAGUUAAAUUAAAAAUCAUUUAUUUUUUUAUUUUAAAACAGUUCUAUCUGGAGAGUAAGUGUGAACGUUUUCAAUGACAUAAGCCAAUUUGUUGAGUCAGAAUCUUUAAAAAAAGCUACAUUAAUGUUUGUUGCCUCAAGGCUUUCAGAAAGAGAUAUCAACCAACUUAAAGAAGUUUUUAUUGCACUCGACAAAGAUGGAGAUGGGUUACUUUCCAGAGAUGAGUAUGAAAUGGGACUUCACCAGAGUGGGAUAAAUAUUGAUAGAUCAGCUCUAGAUAUGAUGUGGCAAAUCAUGGAUUCCAAUAAAAACGAAUUGAUAGACUAUACCGAAUUUUUAGCUGCUUGCUUGCAUAAUCAGCAGUAUAUGAAUGUAGGAAUACUUAAAACCGCUUUUGAGUACUUCGAUAUGGUAAAAGUUAUUUAGGAUGGAAACGGGCUCAUUACUUAUGCUGAGCUAAGAAGUGUCCUGAGAGAUAAAGAAGUUUCAUUAAACCUUAAAGACGAUGAAGUGGAGGAAAUGAUUAAAGAAGUAGACAGAAAUGGUGACGGGUUUAUAGAUUAUGCUGAGUUUUUGCAGAUGAUGGUUGGGAAAAUAUAA